GAGGGCGAGUGCAGCCCAGCUGUAAAGGCGCACAGGGAGAGAAGAGAAAAAUGCCUUGCUUUGUGGAGAGAAUCCCUCCAAAGCAGCAGGGAGAGGUGAGACAGAGAGAGGAGGGCUGUCUCCUGCCAGCUGAGAGGAGUUUAUGCACUGAAAAGACCUCAGGAAAAUCCACAAUGGCCGCCAAAAGGAAAGGUGGCCUAAAACUGAAUGCGAUCUGUGCCAAGCUUAGCAAGCAGGUGGUGUACGACGGCAGUUCCCAGAAUGCCGAGGGAGACUCAGAUCUAGUGGACAACAGUGAGCGGGGCAGCUUGCAAAACGAUGAGGGUGACAGACCUGAAAGUGUCUUCUCAGAGGUCCUGACCCUGGGCACGAGCCUUGAAGAGGACCAGAAACGGCGCGAAGCCAUUGAGAAAUGGGUGAAUGGCGAGUACGCUGAUGAUCCGCAGUCCUUAGGAGGGGGCGAGCACAGGGGACUCAAACCUAACAAUGGAGAAGAUGGUCCCCCUGAAGGGGUGUACAUGGUUCAGCCUAAAGGCUGCAGCGAUGACGAAGACAACACAGAAGAAGUCGAGACCAUGCCCAGCUCCCACGAGGGCAGUUAUCAUGAGGACAGAGACUCAGAGGACAGCCCGCACAAGGACGACAGCUACCAGCCCACCACUGAAACCCCCCCUCGCCAAGCCCCUUCACCUCAACAGGGCUCCGCACUACACGAUUACGCCGCUAACACAAUGAAUGAGUUCUUUCAUAUGUUCGGCUAUGAUGACCAGCAGGUUAGGGAUGAACUGGCCAAGAAGAUCAGCUUUGAAAAACUGAAAGCAGCUACCUCAGAUCCCUCCUCCCUGAGCAGUGAGGAGGCCACCCGUCGAGCUCGCUUCUCCAAGUAUCAGGAGUACAUCCGCAAGCUGAAGGCCGGGGAGACCCUGCCCUGGCCUGUGCACACAAAGCCCGAAGAGCUCAACUCCAAAAUGGAGAAGAGCACUGCCCACGUCCAACCGGUCCUUACAGGGUCAGAGAGUCAGAUAUUUCCACCCGGAAUGGACCACAAACAAAGCUCGCUCAACCCACCCCCAACCAACCUGUCACACAUCCAGAACCUGGCGUCCCGUACAUCCAAGUACGAUUACUUCAUCCAGAAGCUAAAGAUGGGUGAGAGUCUCAAACAGCAGAAUGGCAAUUCCUACAAGCGGCCCUCCAAGUACGACUUGGAGAACGUCAAGUUCCUGCACCUCUUUAAGCCCGGAGAGGGCAACCCUGACAUGGGAGGCGCCAUCGCUUUUAAGACCGGCAAGGUUGGCAGGCCGUCAAAGUAUGAUAUUCGUAAUAUCCAGAAGCUCAUCCCCGGGAAGGUUGAUCCUCCAGUGAUGCCGAGCGUUCUCCCAGCUACGGCAGGAACCCCAGGAACCCCAAUCAUAAGUACGGCUGCUCCCGCUGGGGUCGUAGGACCUCCCGGAUUGCCUGUAGACCAGGCUGGCCACCUUGGCUUUAACACUGACUACAUGAAGUCCAACUUCUCCAAGACUGACUCCAUCACUACUGGAACCGUCUCCUCAGUCAAGAACGGCCUUCCUCCCGAGAAACCUGUCACAGAGGAAGUCAACGUGUACCAGAAAUAUAUUGCCCGGUUCUCUGGGAGCCAGCACUGUGGCCAUGUGCACUGUGCUUACCAGUACAGGGAGCAUUAUCACUGCAUGGACCCUGAAUGUAACUAUCAGAGAUUCACCAGUAAGCAGGAUGUGAUAAGGCAUUAUAACAUGCAUAAGAAGAGGGACAACUCCCUGCAGCAUGGAUUCAUGCGCUUCAGCCCUUUGGAUGACUGCAGUGUGUACUACCAUGGCUGCCAUCUCAACGGCAAGAGUACCCACUACCACUGCAUGCAGGUGGGCUGCAACAAGGUGUACACAAGCACCUCUGAUGUCAUGACUCAUGAGAACUUCCAUAAGAAAAAUGCACAGCUAAUCAACGAUGGCUUCCAAAGGUUCCGUGCCACUGAGGAUUGUGGGACGGUCGAGUGCCAGUUCUAUGGGCAGAAGACCACCCACUUCCACUGCAGGCGCCAAGGCUGUACAUUCACCUUCAAGAACAAGUGUGACAUAGAGAAGCACAAGAGCUAUCACAUCAAAGACGACGCUUACGCCAAGGACGGCUUCAAGAAGUUUUACAAAUAUGAGGAGUGCAAGUACGAAGGCUGUGUCUACAGCAAGGCCACCAACCAUUUUCAUUGCAUACGCCAAGGGUGCGGCUUCACCUUUACCUCCACAAGCCAGAUGACAUCACAUAAACGCAAACACGAGCGGCGCCACAUUCGCUCCUCGGGCGUGUUAGGCCUCAAUUCCCCCUUCCUGUUGCCCAAAGACGAGCAGGAAGAGUCCAGCAACGAUGACCUCAUGGACUACUCAGCCAUUAGCAGCAAGAACUCCAGCUUAAGUGCUUCCCCAACAACCCAGCAGUCCUCCACCGUACCACACAUGCUGGCCACUCCUACCACCACCAUGUCCUCCACCCACAGCGUCAAGCCCACCGCUGCUCUGCCUCCAGCCAGCCGCAUUUCCACUCUGCUAUCCCAGGCUCUGCCCAGCAAUGUACCCAUGGCCCUAGCACUUUCCAGCAGUGCACUGGCAGGUGCUUCCAACCCCUUCUUCCCCCUCAUUCCCAGAAUGCCCAUGUCACUCACACCCUCUACCGCGGGUCUGAUCUCUGCGGCUUCCUCCGGAGGUCACUCCAUGCCCAGCGAUUCUCUACCCCAGACCUCCACCCCGACUGGGGACCCAGCCUCUGCUACAGUAGCUUCCACUCCGACUUCUUUUGCUGCAUCAUCCAUUAUGGAGAAGAUGUCGGCCAGCAAGUGUCUGAUAUCACCUAUGAUGGCCCGACUGGCAGCUGCUGCCCUGAAGCCCUCUAGUAACCCGGAUGCAGGGAUGGGGCAGCCGGCUCAGACAGGCCGGUUUAAUCCAGGCGAGGUGAAGCAGGAGCCGGCCGAUGGUGCUUCCGCGGCCUCCCAAGACACUGUCCAGGAGCACAGCCUGGACCUGAGCAAGAAAGAAAACAGCACUGAAUCAAACGGACACCCUGCACCGGGAAAUACAUCUCUUUUAUCCUCACUUAUGAAUAAGAUGAAUCCUGGUUUCUUCAGAGCUUUGGAUCUGAAGUCAGAGCUGGAGGGAGCUCAGGCAGCAAACGGCUCAGACGCAGCUCAGUAUCUCAGUAGGGUAAUGAAGAGGUCAGACCCAGAGAAACACUCUGAGCAUUGGAGGACCUUCCUGCGCAGGUUUGACACUGACGAUUUCUGUGAAGGCCAGUGUGAUUUCUUGCACAAGAUGCAUUUUCAUUGCAUGGUGGAGGAUUGUGGGGCGCUUUUCAGCACGUUGGAUGGAGCCAUCAAACACGCCAACUUCCACUUUAGAGCCAACCUGAAGGUUAAAUCGGAGCCCCCUUUCAACGAGAGCAAGGAAUCUAAUGAUAGUGCCCCUAAUCAAAUGGCUGCCCCAGUUUCCAUGGCCAAGACGCCUCCCAUGGAGGUGCCAAGCCAUGCUGUGUCUGGGGGCUACAGCUCUUCCCCUUCUCUCCAAGCCUGGAAGCAGCUGGCCGGAUCGAUCCCCCAACUUCCCGCCUCCAUGCCCAGUAUGCCAGCCACUUCCCCUCUGGCCACCACCUCGCUGGAAAACGCCAAGCCUCAGGUCAAGCCUGGCUUCCUGCAGUUUCAGGAGAAUGAUCCUUGUCUGGCCACAGACUGCAAAUACUCGAAUAAGUUCCACUUCCACUGUCUGUUUGGCAAUUGCAAAUAUGUGUGUAAGACAUCUGGGAAGGCUGAAUCACAUUGUCUGGACCACAUUAACCCCAACAACUACCUGGUGAAUGUGCGAGACCAGUUCUCCUACUAUUCUCUGCAGUGUCUUUGUCCUAACCAGCACUGUGAGUUUCGCAUGAGGGGCCAUUAUCAUUGUCUGAGACCUGGCUGUUUCUUUGUCACCAACAUCACCACCAAACUGCCCUGGCACAUCAAGAAGCACGAGAAAGCUGAAAGACGUGCUGCCAACGGCUUCAAGUACUUCACCAAAAGAGAAGAAUGUGGCAGACCAGGGUGCAAAUACAACCAAGUUAACAGCCACUUCCAUUGUAUCCGUGAGGGCUGUCAGUUCUCUUUCCUGCUCAAGCACCAGAUGACCUCCCAUGCCCGCAAACACAUGAGGAGGAUGCUGGGUAAAAACUUUGACAGAGUUCCUUCCCAGGUGGUUUCUCAUGCCAGUCGACCUGAAGAGAUGCAGCACAUGGCCAGUCUAGCUUCAUCCGGUGGGGUAGGCAGCCACCCUAAUCUGAACCCCAAUUUCUCUAACAUGAUGGAGGAAGAUGAUGACUACAUGGACUACACUGUUGGAGGAAGCCCAUUGGGUCUCUCCUCAGAGUCCUCCAACCAAGACCGCAGUUGCACCAGCACCCCCGUGGGCAACGAUAGUUCGCCAGCAGGACCAGGCUGUCAGGUCCCUGCCAUCACUACCUCUGCUGACUCUCCUCUUUCCUCUCAGUCUGCACCUCCUCCUCCACCACCACCUCCACUUCCACCUCCUCAUCACCCUGCGCUCCAGAGUCAGCCUCCAUCUCUCUCUCUGGCUCUUCUCCGGCGGCCACACCCCUCGCUCCCAUAUCUCCUUUCCCCAUCCUGUCUGUCAUACUCUCUGCUCAGCGCCUCUCUCGGAGCCACUAGGAGUGUUGUCAUGCCAACCAACACACCACUUUUCAGCCCCAUCAUUCCUACUUCGUCUUCGGUUAAAAAUGACGUCCCUAUAGUGCAGGAUGCUGCAGGCAACACCAUCUCUAUUCCCACUGCAGCUGGCGCCAAGAAACGUUUCUGGAUCAUCGAGGACAUGUCACCCUACGGCAAGCGCCGCAAGACUCCUUCAUCCCGCAAGAUGCUCGAUGAAGGCAUGAUGCUGGAAGGGUUCCGCCGCUAUGACCUCUAUGAGGACUGCAAGGAUACGACCUGUCAGUUUUCCCUGAAGGUAACCCACUAUCACUGCACACGGGAGAACUGCGGCUACAAGUUCUGCGGCCGCACCCACAUGUACAAGCACGCCCAGCACCACGACCGCGUGGACAACCUGGUCCUGGAUGACUUCAAGCGCUUCAAGUCUUCAUUGUGCUGCAACUUCCCCGACUGCCAGUUCUCCGGCAACAGCACCCACUUCCACUGUCUACGCUGUGGCUUCCGCUGCACAGACAGCACCAAGGUGACGGCGCACCGCAAGCACCACGGCAAGCAGGACGUGAUCAGCGCCGCCGGAUUCUGUCAGUUCAGCUCCAGCGUGGACUGCGAGGUGGCAGACUGCAAGUACAAGCUCAAGUGCUCACAUUUCCACUGCACUUACCCAGAGUGCAAGCACACAGUGGUGGGCAUGUCACAGAUGGAUUCCCAUAAGCGCAAGCAUGAGAAGCAGGAGAGGGGAGAGCUGCCUUCAGUCUCCUCCAACCAGGAUGGCAACCACCACCCCCACCACCACCAUACAGGCCUAGCCCUACCCCCAAUGCCCAUGAAUAUGCCCCCAACAUCACCCGGCACACCAGGGCUGAACCACAACAAUAUGGCCAUGUACCUCCCUUCAGCAGGGGCCAACAAUGAGUACGAGCAUCCGGGCUCAGCAGUCAACCUUGACAGCUCUCUGAACCUUGGGACGGACACCAACAGCUCCUUGUUCUUCCUGAAAAACGCUGCUGGGUUGGGCCUCAGUGACUCCAUGGACCUGAGCAAAAAGCAGUCCCUGGCCACUAGUUCUGGUAGAAACCCUCAGGACGACAAUACCGGCACAUCUGGCGAUCUCGAAGACGACUUAUCACCUGAGGAAGAGCUGAUUGCUGACGAGGAUGAUGAUGAUGAGGAUGAUGAGGAUGAUGAUGAAGAUGAUGAAGAGGAAGAAGCAGAGGAGAACAUGAAUACAGACUCAUAUGAAGAUUCCAUGCCAGAGCCAGAAGUAGACAAAGACAAUGGAGAGAGUUUUGAUGCUUCCAUGAACCACACAGAGACUUCCCGCCUAGAUAAAGAGGAGCCGGAGGCUGAGCCCUAAUCUAUGCUGUAGAAGGAGAACUAUGAAUUCCCUGAACAAACGCAAGUUUGAGUGGCCUCAUUUAUCAUGCUUAGAGACGCAGCGGAUGACAAGAAAACAACCAACUACAAGAAAAGUGAAGGCCCAAAAUGAUUGAUUAUGAUGUUUACACGAUGACCAACAUUAUUAAUUUAAUUAUGCAUUAAAAAAUGAACCGAGAAAUAGACAGACGAGGCCCUCUUUUACUCAUGGGUGGCUGUGUAAACCUCUUGUGUGUGCAUGUUUGACUUUAAUUUAUUUGAUUUCAUUCGUUACUUUCUGUGUGUGGAAAAAAAAAGGAAAAACAAUCUCUCAAUAUAUGACUAUCUAUAUAAAGUAGAUGUGUGUGGAUGCUAAUGUACAUUUUAAUUGCAGUCACUGGAUUGCAGGACCCUCGUACCCACCCAAAAGCGACGAAAAGCGUACAUUGCAGGAAAUCUUUUAUAAAUAAUGUUGCUCAGAUAAUUGAUUCAGAAACACCUUCAUUUUUAUUAUUGAUAAUAUCAUUGAAGUGCAGGGGCCUGCGUCAGUGCUUUGACUCCGUUUAUCAUUUGUUUUUAUUAUUAUUAUUUAGAGUUAUUACAGUUCUCACUUAAACCUGCUGUCAUGGUCAGUGGUGUCAUAGGCUCCAUUCCAUGUGGACAUUCGCCUCCGUCUUCAGGACAAACAAACAGUGACCAGUGACUGCAUAGCUUCAGGUCAUAAAGCACUGAUCUCAGUGAACGCUAGCCCUCACUCGAUUUCUGUUCCUUCUCCUAUUCUCAAUGAGGACUCAUCUGGCAUUGCAUAUUUAUAGUGCACUUUUGUAUAGAUGAGAGCAGAUCCUCAAGCCUCUAUUUACAUAGAUUGCAUUACUAUGGCUUUGUGUUUGUUUGUUUGUUUUUGCAUUAUUCUCUAAUUGCACAGGCAUGACCAGAUGAUUUCAAUGGUGAGAGUCGGCGCCCCUUUGUUUCAGAGAGUUUUGUAAUGUGAUGAUGGUGCUACUGCCCAGUGUGAAUGGGAGGAGAUUACACUUAUGUCUUUGUCUAUGAUCCACAAAUAGAUGUCCUAAAGUGUCCCGCAAACACAGUGCAGGAGUGAAGUGUGUCUCUGAAUGUAGGGAAAAGAUGUGUAUAGGUGUUAUUCUUCUUUCCUUUUCCCUUCGCAGUUUCUGCAGCAUGAAAAGAAAAAUAGUGGCAGCAAAGUCUGAAGAUGGAGACUCAGUUUUUUUUUUUCAAGCUUCUUUUUCAGAAGCAUCAAAUAUCUGUUUCUAAAAAGAAGAGGAAAUGUGGAGAUAGACUUUUUUUCUCGAUGGCUGAAUGAGGGCAGAUAUCACAAAGGCAACAUGAUGGAAAGUGUGUGAUUUUAUGAAUUGUACAGACAGAAAACAUUGUUUCAAGCUUUUGUUUUCUCUUUACAACAGCUGUGGUUUCACUCCAAUAAUAAGUUAUUUAAUAUUUAUGUGACCUUGCAAUGAGGAAAUUCUAGUUUUUUUUUUUUUCUUUUUUUUUCUUCACUUUUUAGGUUCAUUUUUACUUUUUGAAAUUAUGGCAUAAAUCUUUUAACAGGGAAUUUGCUUUAUGAUGUGGUUUAGUUCACUUUGCUUUGAUGCACAAAUAGUCUUCAGUGUGGUGAAGAACUGUUGUUCUCUUUUAUUUAAAAAACAAAAACAAAAAAAAAGUUUUUUUUUCUUUGCUUCCAAGAUUGGAUGAUUUUAAUAUGAAACAGGCAUGCUAGAACCUGGCUUGCCUAAUGAGUAACACUAAUGAUGACUGUAAUUUAAAUUAAUUCUAUACAGAGGAAAAUAUUGCAGUGCUUCGCUCUGAAUUAAAAAAAAAAAAAAAAAAGAAUGAUUUUGUUUGCUUGGCCUCCAUUGAAUAUAAACAAGGAAACGUGUGGUGAGGAAAUGAAUGAUUUCCUAAACACCGCUUUAAACGAACUAUCUUAACUUAACUAAAUGUGUAGAUGGUUAUCUUCGACAAUGUUGUUUUGGGAGGGGGGAAAAAGUUGUAUAGUAUUUUCUUCUGUAAAAACUAUAUAUGAACAAAAAUGCUUUUUGAUUAAAAGCUUCCUUUAAAAAGAAAAUGGAAAAAGAAGAAAUAAUGAAUAAAAAGUAAAAAACGGAACUAA